ACACGAUGACAUCUCUAAACUUUGUUUUGUAUCUGGCAUGUCUUAUCUUGGGAAAAAUGACUCAAGCAAUUGAUCAGAAAUCUUCCUCAUCUCAUCAAGAAAGUAGUUUUGUAUCAGCAAAUGUUGGUGAAAGUUUGAUUUUACAAUGUUUCUAUGAUCCUGAUGCUACAACAAGACUUUACUGGUACAAGCAAACUCUCGGACAGAAACCAAGGCUCAUGUCUACCUUAUUUGUGUUUAAUAAAAAUGGCACAUUUCUUCAUGAAUUCAAGGACAAUCCUCGCUUCACACUGGAUACUAAAAGUGGUAAAAAUCACUUGAUGAUCUCAGAUCUACGCAUUUCAGACUCAGCUACUUACUACUGCGCAAGAAGGUCUUCAUUAAUGAUUGAAUUUGAGGAGGGUACUGUUGUCAGUGUAAAGGGUUCAGGUUUGAACAUCCAAGCUUUGGUCCAUCAGUCGGCAUCUGAGAGCAUCCAGCCAGGAGACUCUGUGACUCUGAACUGUACAGUACACACUGGGACCUGUGAUGAUGGAGAACACAGUGUUUACUGGUUCAAAAACUCUCAAGAAUCUCAUCCAGGAAUCAUUUACACACAUGGAGGCAGGAAUGAUCAGUGUGAGAGGAACAACACACAAACACACACCUGUGUCUACAACUUGCCAAUGAAGAGUCUGAAUCCUUCUUAUGCAGGGACUGAAUGUGCUGUCGCCUCAUGUGGAUGGAUACUGUUUGGAAACGAGACUAAGCUGGACGUUGAGCACUCUCCUGUCUUGGUGCAUUUCUUGAGUGGAGCUUUGGCGUUCACCACCAUCCUCAGUGUUUUAUCGGCUUUCUCAGUGUGCAUGAUGAACAUGAUCAACAGCUUCAAAUCUGCAGAGUCUCAAGCAAGAAUUUCAGCUCCCUCUACAGUCAAUGCAAAGGGUUACAAAGCUGCAGAAAACCUGUAUUAUGCUGCUUUAAGUGUGAAUCUGACCAACAGACGAAGAAGACAGAACCAAACCUGGAGUGAAUGUGUGUACUACAGCGUAAAGUAGUAGAACUGGACAUGUUUCAUUUGUACUUUGUGCAUAAGACAUUAUAUUUUAGAAUCUCUUUGAAGGUGUAACAUGGAUUUAGUUCUAAGUUUGAAAGAAAUAUGUUUUAUAGCUUCUUAAAUCUCUUGCUCUGCUUUGGUAUUUUUAGAAUACUCUAUUUUUUGUCAGUGUGGUCUGAAUCAGAAUAUCUGCACAACUUUGUUUCUGGCAAAUAAACCAUGUAUCCAUGUUCAUAUUUAGUACAUACUGUAUGAAUAUAAUGAUUUUUGUGUCUUAACCAGUGAAUGUAAAAGGUUGGUAUGAUCAAUGCUGUAGAAGUUACUUGUGGGCUUUUAGGAUCAAGAUUGUGUUGAACUUUUGUGUUUUAUCCUCAUUGUUUUUUAACCAAAUCAUGUAUGUGUUCUUGGACUGUGUGUACAUUUUAUAUUAAUAAUCAAAUAAACAUCAUCUAACUU